AAUGAGUGGAAAUAAGAAGAUGGAUGUUUUGAUAAGCAUGAAAGCUGAAAUAUAAGCAUAAAAAGAAGGACAAGAAAAAAUUUAAAAAUUAUGUUUUGAAAAUAUCAACAUAGGAUAAUUUACAAAUGAAACAAUAAAAUUAUUGGCAAAAUAUAAUGAUUUAAGUAAAAAUGAUGAAUAAAGAAAGUAUGUUUGGAAUUUAAUGAUUGCAAAUUGUCAUCUUUAGAUAAUUUAAUAGGAUUUCCAAAUCUAACAAAAUUACGAUUAUGCAAUAAUUAUUUGGAUAAGAAUAGUCUCCAACAUAUUAUAUAGCAUUUUCCAAAAGUGACAUACUUAGAUAUAAGUGGAAAUAAAAAAAUAAGCUAAGAUGUAUAUUAUUAUUUUGAAUAAAAAAAGGAUCUUAAAGUUUUGGUUGAAUUAAAAGAAUUAUAGCAUUUAGUGUUUAAUGAAAAAGAUAUUGAUAGAGCACUCUUGUUUGAAUUGAUACCAUAAUUGAGUUAUAUUGAUCAUAAGGACAAGACUGGAAAUGAAGUAGAAGAUGAAGAAAAUGAUGAUGAAGAAGAUGAAGAUGAUGAUGAUGAGGAUGAAGAUGAAGAAGAUGAAGAUUUAGAAGAUGAUGAGGAAGAUGAUGAUGAAGAAGGUGCUGAAGAAGCAGAGGAAUCUGAAGAAGAAUAGCCAGUUUAGAAAAAGAAGAAAUUAUAAUGAG